GUCCGAUUGGAAACUAGCGGCCAGAUGCACCUCGUCCGCCUUUAUAUGCGCUUCUAGACGCGAGCCGAAGCAUCCACCGAAUCCUGCGCGUCCGUACUCUGCUUCCCCUCCGACCACGGCGGCGCUGCUCUCCGUUAUCAGGUCGGAAGAUGUUGGAUCUUCCGCUACAAAUCCAAGCAUUUGAGGAUAAAGAUAGUUUCCUUUCUGUUAAAUUUCUUUCACAGUUAUGCUAGUUGUUAAUUUUUCCCCAAAUUUAAGCGGAUGCUAUUUUGAAGGUUUCUUCUCCUGGAAAAAUUCAAAUCCCGAAACCGACUGGGAUUGCAGUCGCCUCUGAUGCGGUUAUCUGUCAAGUUUUCGGACCCUACAAUUACCGGACUUGUUAUUCGUGUGCUAAUCCUAGCUAUUGCGUCCUGUGCGCCUUCAAUUUCUGAUCCUGCAGAAAUUUCUAGGCGACGAAUCGAAUCGAGCAGGUAAAGGAGGAAUCAGGCGGCCAUGGCUGAGCACCUGGCUUCCAUCUUUGGCACGGAGAAGGACCGCGUGAACUGCCCCUUCUACUUCAAGAUCGGCGCGUGCCGGCACGGCGACCGGUGCUCCCGCCUGCACAACAAGCCGUCCAUCUCGCCGACGCUGCUGCUCUGCAACAUGUACCAGCGCCCGGACAUGAUCACCCCGGGCGUGGACGCGCAGGGCAACUCCAUCGACCCGGAGCGGAUCCAGGAGGACUUCGAGGACUUCUACGAGGACAUCUUCGAGGAGCUGAGCAAGCACGGCGAGAUCGAGAGCCUCCACGUCUGCGACAACCUCGCAGAUCACAUGAUCGGGAACGUGUACGUGCAGUUCCGGGAGGAGGAGCAGGCGGCGCGGGCGCUGCAGGCGCUGCAGGGCCGCUACUACUCGGGCCGCCCCAUCAUCGCCGAGUUCUCGCCGGUGACGGACUUCCGGGAGGCCACCUGCCGACAGUUCGAGGAACACAGCUGCAACCGCGGCGGCUACUGCAACUUCAUGCACGUGAAGCAGAUCCGGAGGGACCUGCGGCGGAAGCUGUUUGGCCACCUGCAUAGGUUCCGCCGGAGCCAAAGCCGGAGCAGCCGCAGCCCGAGCCCGUACCGCUACCGCCGGAGCUCGUCGCGGUCGAGGGACCGCGACGACGACUACGACUACUACUACCACUACCGUAGUGGCAGUGGCAGCCGGAGGAGCAGCGAGAGGCACCGCAGCCACGACAGCGACGGAAGCCGCCGCCGGCGCGGGCGUUCGAGGAGCCGAAGCCCGGUGAGGGAAGGCAGCGAGGAGCGGAGGGCAAGGAUCGAACAGUGGAACCGGGAGAGGGAGGCCGCGCAGGUGUGAGCAGAGCAUCUGCUGUGCCUGUGUCUACGGCUCGGUUAGUUUGCCAGGUUUCUGAAACUGUCAUCUUGUACUGGUAGCUAGUCAGGACCAGGUCGUAAAUUGAACUCAAAUUCGUGUUUCUACUUGUGACCAAAUUGAACUUCUUGUCCCUGAACUUGCUUCGGAUGUAUUGAUGAAAUCUAGUUGCCUGUUUGAUUGUGAACUUGUGCUGA